AUGGCCUGGUACCACCGUCCAAAAACAGUGCUGGCGCUCGUUCUGUGGCUUGUAGUCGCAGGUUUCGUGCUCAACACUCUUCUUCAACUAGGAGACCAAACCACCGACCCAGAUCUGUCUUCGCCUAAAGACGCGCGAGAGGAGGAGGACCCGCAUUUUCUAGACACAAAACGACGCCCGCUUCUCCCCCAAGAUCGCGAGUUUGAAGCUGCCUGGAAGGCCAGAGGCUCCUGCCCCGAUUACGAGGCGUACUCUCAGACUAAACAUGAACCCUUCAGCGACGGUCCUCUACGGUUGCCGUUCAUGCGACCGAGCAAGAAGUGUCGUACAUUUCAUUCGGAUGAGGUUGAGAAAACAAUUGAGGAGUUCACUGCCAAAAUGGCUGACCCAGAUCUCGCCAGAUUGUUUGAAAACGCCUUCCCCAACACCCUCGACACCACUAUCCGGUGGCACAGACGCCAGUCGGAAGAGGCGUCUGCACAGACUUUUGUCGUGACUGGAGACAUCAACGCUGAGUGGCUCAGAGACUCCGCUUGGCAAUUGUCACCUUACAAACGCUUCAUUUCCACCGACCCACACAUCCAACAGCUGUACAAGGGAGCCAUCAAUACCCAGGCCUCCUACAUUCAAAUGUUCCCAUACUGCAACGCAUUCCAGCCUCCACGAGCGUCGCGAAUCAGGCCGCAAUUCAAUGCAGGAGAAGAUAAAGUGUCGCCUCCUGUGGACCACAAUGUCGUGUUUGAGUGCAAGUAUGAGCUCGACUCUCUGGCCUCGUUUCUGACGCUAUCCAACGACUACUACGAGGAAAUCAAGGACGACAAGGAAGAAGUUGACGACACAUUCUCUGGGAACGACGGAGCCUGGUACAGAGCUAUUGCCAAGCUGACCCGAGUGCUAGAAGACCAGUCUCAGCCUACCUACAACGAGCAUGGCAAUAUUCUCAAGACCAGAUACUCUUUCAAGCGACACACAGAUCUUGGAACCGAGACUCUCAACCUAAAUGGUAUUGGUAACCCCGUUGCUGAUGGAACUGGACUCAUUCGUUCGGCUUUCAGACCCUCGGAUGAUGCCACAAUCUUCCAGUUCUUCAUUCCUGCCAACGCCCACAUUGCCGUGGAGCUCAAACGAGCCGCCAAGAUUUUUGCUGCGCUUGACAGAGACGAUCUGGCGAAAGAGGUGCUGGAUUGGGGCAACCAGAUCGAAGAGUCCAUUUGGAAACACGCCGUAUAUAAGCAUCCCAAGUUUGGCAAGGUGUUUGCUUACGAGAUCGACGGAUUUGGAGCCAUCACCAAUAUGGACGACGCGAACAUUCCCUCUCUACUCUCUCUUCCUGUUUUGGGUUUCGUGGACAAGGACAACGAGGUGUACAAGAACACACGAAAGAUGAUUCUGUCCAAGCAGGGCAACCCUUACUAUCUGACUGGACGAGCGUUUUCCGGUAUUGGAGGUCCCCAUGUUGGUAUCAGAAAUGCCUGGCCCAUGUCCCAUACCAUGGCUAUUCGUACCGCCAUGAGUGAUGACGAGAUUCUCGACUCGCUCAACCUACUGAAGACCACCACCGCCGGCUUGGGACUGAUGCACGAGUCCAUUGAUGUACAUGACUCUACCAAGUUUUCCCGUCCUUGGUUUGCCUGGUGCAACUCUGAGUUUGCCAAGGCCAUCUUUUACCUGGCAGACAACAAGCCUAACCUGAUUUUUGGACCCAAAAAGGCGAACCAAAAAGAAGAUGAAUAA